CCCACAUUUCGUCCUCUUCUUAGCGACAGAGAGAGAGUGAGUGAGAGAAAGAGAGAGAGAGGAGAGGAGGGGAGGUGGUGGUGGUUGCGAAGCGGAGGGCGACGACGCCGAAUCUAGGGUUUUCCGGAGAGAGGGCCAAAUCGAGAUUCCCGCGCCAGAACCCAUCGAUUCCGAAGCGGAGAGGGCACUCGACGUCCUUGAUUCGAAUUCCCGCGUUCUGAUCUCGCCGAGCUAGCCCGGAUCACCGCCGCUCCUCGCUCGUACGCGGAUCUGUCGACGCCCUUCUGAUCCGUUGCUCAGACUCCACCUCGACCGGAUCCCUGCAGCGUUAAAUUUCUAGAUUGUGGUAGGUUUCCAUUGUAAGAUGGAAUCUGGUGAUGGAAUCGAGCUGGAACUUAAUAAAGGGUCAGUGGAGAAAGCUCCCGAGAACAAUGGAUUCAGUUCACAUAUAAACAAGGAGAACGAAGUUAUUGAGAAUGGUGCUGAUGCUGUUCAUGCCGAUGGUGGUUCCGAAGGUGCGUCAAAGGUUGAAGUCAUCAAUUCUGCCGGGGACAAGGAUGGAGACACUGUAUCUGCCACCGAGAACAAAGCAUCUAAUCCUUCCAAGAAGGGUGAAGCUGAUGUUAAUAAUCGAUCGAGGAAGACACAGAAAAGUCCUCGUGUUCUGAAUGGUUCCGCCAUUGAAUCUCAGAAGAAAAAGAAUGUUCUGUCACAGAGUGUCUCAUUUCCUUCUAGAGGGUCUCUUGCUAAUAAUUUCCGCUCAAUUACAACUUCUACAAGGCAGACUAAAGUUGCAUCAUUAAUUACAAAUGGUGAUCUUGCUGCCAAGCUUUCUGCUUUGACUGCUGUACCAAGUGUUCGGCGAACAUCUGUGAGUCUGAAGACUGGUUCUGCCGAGGCAAAUGGCACUUCUGCCGAAUCUGCCCAGUCAAAUGGUAGUAAAACAAAGCCCUUGAAACAUGCAUUGCCAGCAAAAAAGGAUGAUGAUACCCACUCCACAGCCUCAAGUUCAACACCACAUGCAAGAAAGAGUAUUGGCAAUGUUUUUAAUUUUAGGUUGGAUGAGCGUGCUGAGAAACGUAAAGAGUUUUUUACGAAACUUGAAGAGAAGAAUCAUGCUAAGGAACUGGAAAAGACUAACUUGCAGGCAAAAUCUAAGGAGAGUCAAGAGGCUGAGAUCAGACAGCUGAGAAAGAGCUUGACCUUUAAAGCCACUCCAAUGCCAACCUUUUAUCAGGAACCUGGUCCUCCUAAAGUUGAAUUAAAGAAGGUCCCACCAACACGUGCAAGGUCGCCAAAGCUUGGGCGUCGGAAGCCAUCUGUUACUGCUGCAGACGGUCCCUCAGAAGCUGGCAACACUCGUGAGGGCCCACACCCUAUAUCCAGUUUAACCAAACCGAAUGAGGGUUCAGAAAGCAGUAAGGGGAAUGCAAUAGCUUCAAAGAACUCAAAGAAAAAGUCUCUUGCAAAACUUCCAUCACAAAAGUUAAAGACCACCAAACUCGACUCAGAAUCAGUUAUGAUGCCCAAAACCGAGGAGAUCGAUGCAGGAAACAGCGAUAACAGACCAACAGAAGUCUCUGCCAAAACAAACACCGAAGCAGAACUAGCAUCUGCCGAUGACAGAGUUGAGGAAAAUAAAACAAUUGCUAAGCUUCUAGAAACCGAUAUCGGACCCAGUGAAGUUUCGGUACAAGGUUAAAACACAAGCCUACCCAUCCUAUGUAUUAGUCUUUGUGCCCUUUUUGUGAAUAGAAUUCGUGCUGCUUGGAGAGUAUGCUGCUGCUGCUUUAUGUUUGCGCAUUUUCUUGGUCUGAAGUAGAUAUUGUUUUGUGAGACAUUAUUAGGUCAUGUAUAUUUGUCCAACUCUUUUGCAGUUUGAUCUAUGGUAACCCUCCUCCUCCAAUGAACCAAUGGAAUGACCCUCUGACAUUAUCUGGUGGAGAUAGCAAAGGUUAUCCAUAGUCAGGGUUGCUUUUGGGUUCGAUCAGAUGCUAAGUUUUUUCUUUCUUUUUCUUGCAAUGCACGGAUUGUUCCUUGA